AUGAUGGCCCAGGCAGCCCCACUGCUACUACUGCUGCCUUUGCUGUUAAUGGGUUCACAGGGACAAGUGUUUCAACUGAAGUACCAGGAGGGGCAGACACUCAGAGUGAGUUGUGGCUACUGUCCCACACACUAUGAUCCCCAGAGAGCUGAGAACAGGUGGAAAACCUCAUGUAAAUUGCAAGUGGAUGGAAAAGUGUGGGAUAGACUCAUUACCGGGAAGUUGGUUUUAACUUGGCAACUUAGGGACCCACAAGCCUCCCUGGAGGAUGACACCCACACUGGUACCAUCAUCGUCUCCAUGUCUAACCUCAGAGUGAAGGACUCAGCCAUCCACUGGUGUGGAAUCUAUGACUCUGUCAACAGCACUAUUGAGGUUAUCAGAACAAUCAGCCUAGAAGUUUCUCCAGAACAAAAAGUGAGUCCCCCCAAAUGUUCUCAAACUACUACAGAGAUGCCUACCACCAACCUUGGCACCCCUGUGACCAUCAGCAGCCAGUACCAAGAGUACCAAGCCCUUGGUCAUGAUGAGCCCAUGAAGCCUGGGGAUAACUGA